UUUUUUGGUAGAAUCUGUGGGGUGCGCAGCAUUUUUGUAAAAGGAACAAGAAUUUGGCCAGGUCAUAAUAGCAGCGGAGAGGGUUGUUUCUCUCUCUAACUCUAUCUCCGCCUUCUUCCAUUCGAUCUUUCUGCGAAGCUUUCGAGAGUGCCCAGUGACAGGCCAUAGACUAAACGACAAAGAGAUGGGGUUGACCUUUACGAAGUUGUUUAUUGAUUUCAGGCUCUUUGCCAAGAAAGAGAUGCGAAUUCUUAUGGUAGGUCUUGAUGCCGCUGGUAAGACUACCAUCUUAUACAAACUCAAGCUUGGAGAAAUUGUCACGACAAUCCCUACCAUAGGAUUUAACGUGGAGACAGUGGAGUACAAGAACAUUAGCUUCACUGUUUGGGACGUUGGUGGUCAGGACAAGAUUCGCCCAUUGUGGAGGCAUUACUUCCAGAACACACAGGGUCUUAUAUUUGUGGUGGAUAGCAAUGAUAGGGAUCGAGUUGUUGAGGCAAGGGACGAGUUGCAUAGGAUGUUGAAUGAGGAUGAGUUGAGAGAUGCUGUCUUGCUUGUGUUUGCUAACAAACAAGAUCUUCCUAAUGCAAUGAAUGCAGCAGAAAUAACUGACAAGCUUGGUCUUCAUUCACUCCGACAACGGCACUGGUACAUCCAGAGCACAUGUGCGACUUCUGGAGAAGGGCUUUAUGAAGGGCUGGAUUGGCUUUCCAACAACAUUGCUAGCAAGGCAUGAAUGAGCAUGUCAAGGAUUUUGGGUGCUGGUGCUGCUGGAAUUUUUUGUUGAUGCAUGAUUAGAUGCCAUCUGGGAUUUUCAUAAGAUAUUGGCAAUUCCUAGAGACAAAAAUACUUUUAUCUUGAAUACUUGAGUGAUGGAAUUGUAAUGGCAAGAGAUGAUUUGCUUGAUAUUAUAUACUUCAAGAGACUAUUGCUUGCUUGUAUCACUGCUACGUUUGGCUAUUAGUCUUUAGCUGUAAUGUAAUGAUACACUAUUGUGGUUUUGCCUUUGAAUCAGAGCAAUUAUAGCUGUCCGUUCAUUUUUA